AUGGCCGCCGCGGGGGAUGCGGACUCUCAGCCGGCGUGCGGUGCGGCUCCGGACGAGAGCGGCUGCCGCCGCCGCUGCUGCAAGAAGCUGACAGAGCUGCCGGCCGAGGUGCUCGAGUACAUCCUGUGCGUGCCGAGCCUCAGCCACGUGGACAUCUCGAGCGUGGCGUGCAGCUGCAGGAGGCUCCGCGACGUGUGUCACGGCAGGGGCAAGGUGUGGGCUCACCAAUAUGCGCGCAGAUGGCCGAGACUAAUGAAGAGUUACCGGCAGAACGAGUCGUGGGACUGGCUUACUGAAUAUCGCACACGACAUGCAGUUGGACUGCAGAUCAGGAGGACCGUCGAGUCCAUUUCUAAGCGCUUCUUCACUGAAGUUCCUUGUGUGGGCCAGGUUCUGGGGGACAGCUUUGCUGAGAUUGAGUCCCUGGGAGCUCCAGAGCACUUCUGCGAAGAUGAGCUUAUCUCCAUCUUGAACUCGGACAGGAGAAAGAGCCUGACGCUGAAAUACUAUGCAAAGAAAAUUCUGUACUUCCUCCGACAGCAAAACAUCCUGAGGAGCUUGAAGGCAUUCUUGGACCAACCGGCAGAACAGCAGUCGGCGCUUGAAGGUGCUGUUCUUGUUGACCAGUACUGCAACCCGCUGGCAGAUGUUUCACUGCAGAGCAUCUCCAGCCAGCUGGAUGAGAUCACAGACAAGGUCAAGAAAACACUGCGCACAAAGAAUCCCUCGCACCCCAGCAUGAGAGCAGAUCAAGGGGGCUGCUUUGUGGUGGAGGACCUCGAGCUCCAGAGACAGGUGCUGUGUGCUCUCAACUCGGUCCUGUAUGAGCAACUUCAGUACAAGGGCAAUGAGUGUGACUACUACAACCCUCUAAACUCCUACAUUCACCAGGUCUUACUCCGCCGGAUGGGAAUUCCCAUCAGCCUCUCUGUUUUAUAUAUGACCCUGGCUCAAAAGCUGGGUGUUCAGCUGGAGCCUGUGAACUUCCCCAAUCACUUCCUGCUCCGUUGGUGCCAGCAGCCUAGAAGGAGUACAGAUAUCUAUGACUACGUGUAUAUCGACGCGUUUGGGAAAGGCAAGCAGUUGAGCGCAAAGGAGUGCGAGUAUCUCAUUGGCCACCAGGUGACAGCCGACUACUAUAGCUCCAUCAGCACUACGGAGCUGCUCCUCAGGAUGGUGGGGAACCUGCUCAACAUCGGCAAGCGAGGGGAGGGAAACGAGAAAUCCUACCAGCUGCUGAGGGACUCUCUGGACCUCUACCUGACCAUCAACCCCGACAAUGUGCAGUACUUGCUGCUACAGGCCAGGCUCUACUUCCACCUGGGAAUUUGGCCGGAAAAAGUCUUGGAUAUCCUGCAGCACAUCCAGGCCCUGGACCCCUCCCAGCAUGGUGCUGUGGGAUACCUGGUGCAGCACACACUGGAGCACAUCCAGCACAAGAGGCACCCCACAGAGCCAGAAGCCAAGCGACGCAGUGCUGUUGUGCAUGCCGACGUGCUUUACUCCGUGGGGCUUGUCAUGAAGCACAAGAGAUCUGGUUACAACUGUGUGAUCUAUGGAUGGGAUCCAAAAUGCACUAUGAGCUUGGAGUGGAUCACAACCAUGAGGGUCCACCAGCUGUCUAAUGGUGCAAACCAGCCAUUUUACAAUGUUCUGGUACAGGACGGCACCUGCCGAUAUGCAGCCCAGGAGAAUCUGGAGCCACACUUGGCUCCCUUGGAGAUUGGGCACCCUGAAGUGGGCCGCUACUUCACUGAGUUCUCUGGUACCCACUAUGUUGCCAAUGAGGAGCUGCAGGCACGGUAUCCCGAGGACCUUGAUGAGACCCUCUGCGCUGUCCAGAAACUAUAUGGUGGACAAUCCACUGAGCCUGGCGAGAAUUCUGUCGAGAAGCAGAAUGACGAAAGUGCAGCUGUGUAGCCUGCAUCCUCAAACCAACCUUGGACCAGGACCAGAAGCAGGGCUAGAGCCAGUACAACUCAUCAUUGACCCAAAACCCCAUGGGUGCUUUCCCUCCACUUGGAAUGAAAUCAAGACCAUUACAGAUACUGCGGAAU